AUGGUCAAGAAGAAAGUGGACGCGCGCGUGCGAACGCUGCUGGAGAACUGCAUACAGGAGAAUUUCCGCUCCUUCGUGGUACUUGUGGGCGACCAUGGCAAGGACCAGGUUAUGAACUUGCACUAUAUACUGUCUAAGGCAGCCGUCAAGGCCCGCCCACGCGUGCUGUGGUGCUACAAGAAGGAACUGGGCUUUUCCACGCACCGUCAGAAACGCAUGCGCCAGAUCAAGAAGCAGCAGCAACGUGGACUGUACGACCCCAACAAGGACGACCCGUUCGAGCUAUUCAUUGCCUCCACAGACAUUCGCUGGUGCUACUACAAGGAGACACAUAAAGUGCUGGGUAGCACUUACGGCAUGUGCGUGCUGCAGGACUUUGAGGCUGUCACCCCGAACAUCAUGGCGCGCACUAUUGAGACCGUUGAGGGUGGUGGUGUCGUUGUGCUGCUACUACGCACCAUGGACAGUCUCAAGCAGCUAUACACCAUGAGCAUGGACGUUCAUGCGCGCUUCCGCACCGAAUCACACCAGGACGUGGUUGCGCGCUUCAAUGAACGCUUCAUUCUAUCCCUGGCCUCGUGCGAGCGUUGCGUUGUUCUCGAUGACGAGCUCAACGUCCUGCCCAUCUCCAAACACACGCGGAAAAUUGAGCCACUCCCACCGCGUGACUCGGCCGCUGAGCUCACCAAGGAUGAGCUCGAGCUGCAGGAGCUCAAAACGUCUCUGCGCGAGACCCAACCUGUUGGCGCUCUCGUGGAGCAGGCGCGCACGCUGGACCAGGCCAAGGCUAUUCUUACCUUCGUGGAGGCAGUUUCGGAGAAGACGCUGCGCUCCACGGUGGCGCUGACUGCUGGGCGUGGACGUGGUAAGUCCGCAGCUUUAGGUAUGUCACUGGCGGGUGCAGUAGCUUACGGAUACAGCAACAUCUUCGUGACGGCUCCAUCUCCUGAAAACCUGAAGACCGUCUUUGAAUUUGUGUUUAAGGGAUUCGAUGCGCUCAAGUACAAGGAACACUUGGACUACGAAAUCGUGCAAAGUACCAACCCAGAGUUCAACCACGCUGUGGUGCGUGUUAACAUUUUCCGCGAGCAUCGUCAGACCAUUCAGUACAUCCAGCCUACGCACCACGAGAAGCUUGCUCAAGCAGAGCUUGUGGCUAUUGAUGAAGCUGCAGCUAUUCCGCUCCCUGUCGUCAAAAAUCUUCUUGGUCCGUACCUCGUGUUCAUGUCGUCCACCAUUAAUGGUUACGAAGGUACUGGACGCUCACUGUCGCUGAAGCUUCUGCAGAAACUGCGCGAGCAACAGGGUAGUGCUGGAGAGGCCGCAGCACGCGCUGCUGCGAGCAUUCACGGCGACCAGAAGCGUCGCAAGGGUGAACAGAAGCUGCACGAAGAGCGCUGGCAAGCUGCUAGCAACGCUGCUCACGCUGCUGCUGCUGGAAGCGCAUCUACUUCCGCACGUGUACUUCGUGAGGUGGCUCUGGAGACCCCUAUUCGUUACGCUCCGAAUGACCCGGUGGAGCGCUGGCUGAACGCUUUGCUGUGUCUGGAUGCGACGAACGCAUCACACCGCCUGGUGGCAGGCACGCCGCACCCGCGUGACUGUGAGCUGUACUACGUAAACCGUGACUCUUUGUUUUCCUACCACAAGCUGUCGGAGAGCUUCUUGCAGCGUAUUAUGGCUCUGUAUGUGUCGUCGCACUACAAGAACCAACCAAAUGACUUGCAAUUGCUGUCCGAUGCCCCGGCUCACCACGUGUUCGCUCUACUUGGCCCCGGUGCGGAGGCUCAAGGUAAUGCUGGUCAACUUCCUGACGUUCUCUGUGUCGUCCAGGUAGCUCUGGAGGGUGAGAUCUCCAAAGCGUCGGUGAAGGCUCAGCUUGCGCGUGGCCAACGUGCUUCGGGAGACCUUAUUCCUUGGACAGUGGCGCAGCAGUUCCAGGACUCGGAAUUUGCAGCUCUCUCAGGUGCGCGUGUGGUGCGAAUUGCCACUCACCCUGAUGUGACUGGCAUGGGCUACGGUUCUCGCGCUAUUGAAUUGCUUACAAAGUACUACCAGGGUGAAAUCACUAGUGAUGUUGCUGAUGGCGAGUCUGACGAGAAGGAGAACGAAGACAAACUGGAUGAUGAGGACGAAGGCGAGGACGAACAGAAGUCGAAGCUUCGCAAAGAAAAGAUCAAACCGCGCAAGACGUUACCACCUCUCCUACUGCCGCUGGACGAGCGACCGUGCGAGCGCCUGCAUUGGUUCGGUACGUCAUUCGGUCUGACGUUGCCUUUGCACAGCUUCUGGUCUCGCGCCAAGUUCCGGUCGGUAUACAUCCGACAAACUGCUAACGAACUCACGGGCGAGCACACGACCAUCAUGCUGCGAUCUCUGCGUUGCGACGAUCUCCCUGCUGCUCCUUCUGAUGGAUGGAUGGACGAGUUCGUGGCCGACUCGCGUCGCCGAUUCACUUCGUUGCUCAGCUACGACUUCUCCAAGUUCCCGUGCGCGCUUGCUUUAGGUUUGCUGAGUGACGAAUCGACUGGGUCGAACCCUGGUUCAAACGAGGAGGAGAAGCUGAUCACUCUGCACCGCAGCGCUACCGGUGAGAUCAGCCCGGUUGAACUGGCGAUGGUGUUGACUCCGUACGAUGCCAAGCGUCUUAAGUCCUACGCGAAGAAUAUGGUCGAUUACCACAUGAUCGUGGACUUAAUUCCAUCAUUGGCGCGCUUGUACUUCCUCCAGCGUCUCCCGCAGAUGUCGCUGUCGUAUUUGCAGCGUGCGAUCCUCGUGAGUCUGGGACUGCAGCACCAGUCGGUGGACAUCAUUCAACAAGAGCUGAACGUGCCGUCCAACCAGCUUCUGGCGUUGUUUAAUAAGGCCGUCCGGAAGUUCCUCGGACAGAUUGAGCAACUCAUGGAGAAGCAACUGAAAGAGGAAACUGUGAACACGAAAAAGCUGGCUGAGGUGGCAGCGCAGACGCAAGCAAUGGCCCCAACGGAGACGUCGCUGGAUGAAGAGAUGCGCGAGGGCGCCAAGAAAGAGAAGGCCAAGCAGCAACAGAAGCUUCUGGACGGCCUCAACCUAAUGAAAUAUGCUGUGCGUGGUGACGACGCCGACUGGGACGCGGCGCUCGCACAGGCUGAGAACGGCGGCUCCGUUGUGCAACUGAGGAGCAAGAAGCAGAAUAAGUCCAAGAAGGAGUCGAAGGACCCGAAGGACUCGAAGAAGGAACACAAGCACAACAAGCGUGCGCCCGACGGGGACGGCGGCCCUAAGAAGAUCAAGAAGAGCAAGAAGAGCAAAUACGCCAACCUUAGCUAA